CCCGUGUUUCCUCCGCCAGAGUGCGUUGUUCAGCCCUGAGCGUCAGCAGCGCGCUUCUGCGCAUGCGUGUCGUGACAGCACAGAAGAUAGCCAGGAAAAGGGACCGUCGUUGUGUUGUUUUGAGUGCAAGACCAAGAGGGAUGUCGCAAUCUGCUCGCCACCACUAAGAUCUGCAUUGUGUAACUGACAGUAAGUUACUGUGACUGUACAGUUGUUUGUGGGCACAAUGUCUGCAGGCUGCCCUCCACAAUCUCCAGCUGUGGCUAAGACUGAAGUGCUGGUUGAUGACUGGUGUCCCAUGCUGGCUGCGACGUUUGCCUACUGGGACAACAUCCUGGGACCCCGUGUGCGGCACAUCUGGGCCCCCAGAGGUCAGGGGUUGUCGCUGCUUAGUGACGGAGAGGUGACAUUUCUGGCCAAUCACACGCUUAAUGGCGAGAUUUUGCGGAGCGCUGAGAGUGGUGCGGUGGAUGUCAAGUUCUUCGUUCUGGCAGAAAAGGGAGUCAUCAUUGUGUCGCUGAUCUUUGAUGGGGAACUCAAAGGGGAUAAGAACACUUGCGCUCUGUCAAUCAUUUUGCCGCAGUCAGAGCUGAGCUUCUACCUGCCUCUACACAGCGUGUGUGUGGAAAGACUCAAACACAUCAUCCGCAAGGGACGCAUCUGCAUGCAGAAGGGUCACAGCAUUAUCUCUGUGUUGUCAUCUGAGAUUGUUCCUAUAAUGGAACUUCUCACGUCUAUGAAGAAACACAGCGUACCUGAGGAGGUGGAUAUAAAGGGCACUGUGCUCAAUGACGAUGAUAUUGGAGACAGCUGUCAUGAAGACUUUUUGCACAAGGCUAUCAGCUCUCAUCUUCAGACCUGUGGCUGUUCUGUGGUGGUUGGUAGCAAUCCUGAGAAAGUCAAUAAGAUUGUGCUCACGCUGUGUCUGUUCCUCACCCCUGCGGAGAGAAAGUGCUCUCGAUUGUGUCACUCGGACGGUUUGUUCAAAUAUGACACUGGCCUGUUUGUUCAGGGUCUCCUCAAGGACUCCACAGGGAGUUUUGUGUUGCCCUACCGGCAGGUGCUGUACUCUCCCUAUCCAACCACCCACAUUGAUGUGGACAUUAACACGGUGAAGCAGAUGCCCCCCUGCCACGAGCACAUGUACCAUCAACGGCGCUACAUGCGUGCUGAGCUCAGUGCCCUCUGGAGGGCUGCCAGUGAGAAUGACAUCAGUCCAGACAACCUCAUCAACGCCCAGGACACCUACACCCCAGACCUGAAUGUGUUUCAGGACGUGAUGCAUAAAGACACUCUUGUGAAGUCCUUCAUAGAUGAGGUGUUUCUAUUGAAACCAGGUCUGUCUCUGAGGAGUGUGUACUUGUCCCACUUCCUUCUUCUGCUACACAGGAAGGCCCUGACACUUCUCAGAUACAUUGAAGAUGAGACGCAGAAGGGGAAGAAACCCUUUAAAUCUCUACGCAAUCUAAAAACUGAUUUGGACCUGAUGGUGGAGGGAGACUUGAACAUCAUCAUGGCGAUGGCGGAGAAGCUGCGGGCAGGCCUUCACUCCUUUGUUUUUGGGAAGUCUUUUCUUACCAGCGUGCAGGAUCGUGAUCUCCACAUGAGCUUCUGAACUCUGACUUUUGCCUAUAGAUGAUGUCAUCAGGUCACCUGACCCUCUCCGCAGACUCAUAUUUUGAUUUAGUAUGUGCUUUUUGUGCACAAAACUCUUGAAAAUGUGCUGGUAAAUCUGUUUGCUUUGUUAUGAUAGCUGCUUUGGAAAAUGUUAAUUGGAAUAAAUCUGCUGUAAAUGAAUGAUAAUCUGCUUACUGAAGCUGGCAAAUUCUUGUUUGUGUACAAAAGCUUUAACACUGUUGAUGAUUAUGAGAUUCUUGGCUCUAGUUGAGUCUUUUUCAUUUAGGCACAAACAUGACAUAAAGAAUGUGUUUGAUAAACAGUAAAUUAUUUUUGAUUUAUAAUUUAUAGAUUUCUUUACCACACCGAACACUGACAACAUUGCUAUCUGGCAUUGACAGCUUAAUAGCAUGAUUUAGCAGCAUACGCCAAUCUCUUAUAUUAUAUUAGAUUUUUUUAAGACAUUUUGUUCACUAAUUUAUUAAAUAUGUGAUGUUUAAUAUUGCAAAAGAACUAAGUAGUAAGUUUAGCCCAUUUUAGGUUUAUUCUCUUUAAUGUGCACUGCUUCCUUUAAAUUAACUGGUUGAUAGUUUUAAAAUGCUGUCAUUACUGUCUUUCUUUCUUUUUUACAGAAUUGAACUGACAGAUCUGUUACUUCCUAAAACUCUAAAAUGUAAUUAGGAAACUUUCCUUGUUCCUUAUUUUGACUCUAAAGCAGUGAUUGGCAACCCUUAGCUGGGUAGAGAGAUGGAGUAGGAACCUGUUACAUGUUUUGAGAAAGUUGCAUUUUAAGUACUGUAUGGACAAUGAUGAAAUAUAAAGUAUUGUUUUUAUGUAUUUUACAUUCAUGUAUUCACAUAUCUUGUUGUGAUGCUUACAUUGCAAAUCCAUUAAAAUAUUCAUAAAUAA